UUACAUUUCGUAAUCCUACUUCGUCCAGCAUGGCGAUCGUCUAGUUUCAGUCCUCUUUUGUACGUUGUUUUAAGUAGAGCGUUAUAAAAGCACUUCUACUUAUAAUCACCAUAUACAUUCCAAAAUGUUGAAGUUCGUGAUCGUGUUAUCGGUAGUUUCGUGCGUACUAGCCGCGCCAACAUCUGAAGGUCUGCAGCCACAGUUGGAUGGACGUAUCGUCGGCGGUGUUCCGACAACAAUUAGUUCGUUUCCAUGGCAAAUAUCGUUACAGCGCUCCGGCUCACAUUCAUGUGGUGGCUCCGUUUACAGUGAAAAUAUCGUAGUCACAGCUGCACAUUGCCUUUCUUCAAUGCCAGCACUUUCUAUACUGAGAGUUCGCGCCGGUUCGUCGUACUGGAAUUCUGGUGGUAUAUUUUCCCAAGUUGCUGCAUACAAGAUACACGAACUGUACGGUCAGGAUGGCAUGUCCAACGAUAUUGCUCUCAUACUUUUAGCCACUCCACUUAAGUUUAGCUCAACCAUUAAACCAAUUCCUUUGGCUGUGACAGCGCCACCAGAUGGUGCCGUAGCUGUUAUAACCGGUUGGGGUACUAAACGUUCUGGUUCACAGACAUUACCCACGCAAUUGCAAGCUGUCAAUUUGGAAGUAGUCAGUUUAGCUAAGUGUGCCUCGAAUGCUUAUGGCUAUGGUGAAGAGGUCACGGAAACUAUGAUCUGCGCCUACACCUCCGGUAAAGAUUCAUGUCAAGGUGAUUCUGGUGGUCCCAUGGUUGCGGGUGGCGUGCUGGUUGGUGUUGUAUCUUGGGGUAUGGGAUGUGCUUUCCCCAACUAUCCGGGUGUAUACGCUGAUGUGGCUGCCCUACAUACAUGGGUAGAGAAUACUGCUGAUGCAUUGACUUCACAGUUUAAUUAAAGAGGAACAUAUUAAUUAAAGAGUUUUUACAAUAUGAUAAGAAAUUUACUAUAUUAAUAACCAAA